AUGUCAGCCGAAGAGCUACCAGAUAACGAAAAGGUCCGGAUUGUAACCGGAUUUCUCCUGCAUUCACCUCCUGGCGAAUUUAAUGAGGUGUUUAAUGAUGUUCGUAUGCUACUCAAUAAUGAUUCGAUACUGAAAGAGGGGUGUGCGGGUGCAUUUGCUCAAUACAACAAAGAUCAAUUCAUGCCUGUCAAACUGGAUGGUGUUGACAAACCGACGCUGAUCACAGAAUUCAAUGAGUUACCAAACGGUCGUUUCACGGAUCCGAAAUCGCGUCGAACUUUCAAAUACGAUCAUCUGCGUAAGGAAGCUGCUGAAAUACAAAAUGAGAAUUUGAACGAUAUCAGCAUGGAAUUAUGGCGUAAAGCUCUUCAAGAGGAGGCUGACAAAUACAUCGAAAGUCAUUAUCAAGAAACGGGAACGGCCACAGUCUUUGUCAAUAACGGUGUAUUUGUGCUGUGUAUUGAAAGUCAUCGCUAUCAACCAAAGAAUUUCUGGAAUGGACGUUGGCGUUCACAAUGGACACUCCCAGUUGGUGGCAGCAAAUCAGGUGCACAAGAAUUAAAGGGAGUUCUGAAAGUGCAGGUGCAUUACUAUGAGGACGGUAAUGUGCAAUUAGUGUCAACUAAAGAAAUCAACAAUAAAAUCAACGUGACGUCAGACUACGCGCAGACUUCGGCAGAGAUUUUCAAAAUAAUCUGGGAUGAAGAAUCGAAAUAUCAGGACGCAGUUCAGGACAACUACCAACAGAUGUCAUCAACAACAUUCAAAGCGCUGCGUCGUCAGUUACCCGUUACGGGUGUGAAAUUUGAUUGGAACAAUACGCAUGCAUAUCGAAUUGGUAAAGAUCUUAAACCACAAUAG